UGCAUGGUUGUUCGUUGCUUCGGUCAGCUUCACGAUAAAUAUAUAUUAGUAGUUGUUUUGUUAUUGAUUAAUAAUACGAUCUUACUGAUAUGAGGUCAUUAACAUUUGAUUAAAUAUAUAUUUCUGCGCUUCUUUAAAACAUAAUCAUGGAAAUAGUUACUCCAGAAAGUCGCCAAACAACCCCUGCACUCCCUCUUUCUGCCCUCCGCCUUGUGGUGCCACCCCUGCGACUAAUGUCUGCUUUUCUGUGGCAAGUGGUUCAGCGUCACAAUGUAACACAAUAUGGGAAACUGGAGCAGUUUGUUAUGCUGGUGUCAGAAGCAGUUCCAGACAUCAUGAGUCAAAGUCUAAUUAAUAAGCUGGUCUUUCACUUGCGGAAAAAGGUGAUCUUAGAGCUCUGUUUUAAGGACAAAACUCCUGACCGCUGGAUUAUUCAAGCACAUUUGGACACACUUCGUAACCUUACUUAUAAAUGCAAAGAUGUUGAAAGUGAAAUAAUGAAUACCAAAUUCAUAAGGAUGAUCCAUAACAUCUUGGAGGAUGCAACCAAGAGAGAGAACUUUUUUCAGAAUGUCUUUCCUGUAGAAUAUGGUUCUGGGUAUGACGCGGUGCUACAGAGCUUGGCAUGGGAGUUCCUAACUCGAGUAGAGGAACUCCUGCCUGUGCCAAACCUUAAAGAGACAGCCUCAUGGCUCUGUGGUGCCUUGUCUGCCAUGGAGGACAUCGUUCAGCCAUUAUCUGAUCCAGCAGAGUUAAGGGAUGUGCUACAACACUUCAAAACCAGGAGACAUGGCAAUAGAAAUGCAGCCGUUCACUCAACAACAGAGGUUGUUUGUUUACCCCUCCCUUCCGAUGGAGGAACUGGUGGAAUAUUACCUUCCAUUUCAUCUGAACAAGAAGCAGUAUUACCUGCCAGUUCGGUUGCACAAGACAAAAUCCCAUCUCCCUCGUCCAUGGCACAAGAGACAAUCAUUAUUACACAAGCCAUCUCAGAAAACCAGUCAGAGUCUGACUGUGCUGCUGCCACUAUAAUGAGUCCAACCCCCAGUGACACAGAGGAGGUGGAGCCUUUAGACAGCAUUGCCAUACCCAACACAGUCAGGGUGGAGGAUGAACUAAAUGAGGAGUCAGUUUGUCAAGAGAACAAUACGGGGAUGUGUGAAUUUCAACAAAUCUACCUCACUGCAGAUGGAUCUACUGUUAUAGUUUCAGAAUUGGACAACGGGGGAGAGGAGACCACUCAGCUGCAGUUUCUGGAGCAGUCAGAUGGAGCGGAGACCCCUGGGGUAAGGGAAAUGAGCAUGGAGGAGUGGAUUUCAGAAAUAGCUGGGAAGGUGAUAUCCCUUCCCAUCUUGCCUUCUACUACUCCUGUGGAGGUCCUCACAGAAGAGACAACAUAUGUUCCUGUUAUUGAAAGACCACCAUCGAUCAAGGCCAUCAUUAACAGGAAGAGUGCUCCGACACAAGCAGUGCUGGGCAGGAAGUCGCUGGCAGUGCCCAGCGAGUCUCGGGCACCUCAGGAGGUGGGCGAGAAGAAGCACGUGUGCCGCGUAUGCAUGAAAGAGUUCCGCUAUGAGUGCCAGCUGAAGAACCACGCACGCACACACACAGGUGAACGGCCGUUCCAGUGCUCGGACUGUGGUAAGCGCUUCCGCUGCUUCAGCUUCCUGUCAAGCCACAUUAAGACGCACUCACUCGCCCGGCCGUUUAAGUGCACCCAGUGCGCCAAGACCUUUCGCAAGAAGGCUGACCUCGUCAAGCAUGCACGUGUGCACACGGGCGAGAAGCCGUACAUGUGCACCGUUUGUGGCAAGAGCUUCUCGCAGGGCUCAUACCUGAAGAUCCACCGCGAAUGCCACACGUCAGAGAGCCUGCACCAGUGCCCGCACUGCGAAAAGUGCUUCCCGACAGCAUUCAAACUGGCCAUCCACGUUCGCUACCACUCCAUGGCGCGCUCCUACCAGUGUAACGUGUGUGGGAAGAGCUUCAUCUAUGCCAGCCUGCUGCGCCGGCACAAGGGCUACCACGUGGGCGAGCGACAGUACCUGUGCUCUGUGUGUGGCAAGGCGUUCGUCUACAUGUUUGACCUGAAGAAGCACCAACGCAACCACGAGAGGCCACGUGCCCGUGUCCCAUGCACUGUCUGCCACAAGACGUUUGCCGGGCCUGAGAUGCUGCGCUGCCACUUGCGCGUGCACACGGGCGAGCGACCGUUCAGCUGCGCUGUGUGCGGCAAGGCUUUCUCUCAGAUUGGCAACAUGAAGCGGCAUGAGCGCGUGCACACGGGUGAGAGGCCCUUCACUUGCACGGAGUGCGGGAAGACAUACAAGCACUCAUCACACCUGAAGAACCACAUGCUGAGCCACACGGGCGAGCGGCCAUGGCGAUGCGCUCAUUGCGGCAAGAGCUUCAAGUUUGCCGCACCCCUGCGCAAGCAUGAGCGCACCCAUCUGAGUGAGCGCAGAGGAUGCGAACAGUCCAGUGGCCGCAAGCGCAGCCAAACCAAAAGCACAUAAAGGGCCGAAGAGCACAAGUUCCUUUCCUACAGCUUUCAAGCUUUUGCGAGACCGAGGUUGGCCUUCUUGUCUGAGUUAGUUAUCAUUUUGAAAACCUUACGUCAGCAAGGUUACCUUGUAGAGGAGGGCAAAGAUGUGCUAUUUAGUUUAGAAGGUGGUGAUGGUGCAAAUGUGUAGCAGCAAGUAGUCAGAUGAGUUAACUUGCAUUGUAAUCUUGCUGGGAUAAAAUGUUGAUAUCCCUGUAUAGGAACUUCAAAGACUCUUAAUUCCAACCAUCACUUAAGAUAUGUGGAAGUUGGUCACAUUAGGACAGCAGUGAGAGGCAUGCACCACAUACCUACCAAGUAUAAGCUUAUAUGAGAUACAUUCAUAAGAUUAAAUAAUUUUGUUGCAAUAUUUAGAUUUAGAUUUACUACAUAGAAAACAUAUUUUCAUACUUUCUCUUGUUCAU